GCUCUCCCCCUCCAUGUGCAUACCAGAGGCACUGAAAAAAGUAGCGGACUUCAGGGCAAGGUUGAAAACAUAUCGUUGGAUAGCUGACCGAAGUGUUGGAUCUAUACGAUUUUUCUCUCUUAGUGAGCGUUAACUAACACGUAAAUUGCCUUUUGCAGCAAAGUGGGUGAAAGAAGAGGGGGAGCAUUUAAGGGGGGAUGUAACUCAUAGGUUGCGGAUCGUAUUACAGAGUUUCAGACUUUUCAUGGCAAGAGUUUUUCGCUGCCUCUUCUCUUCUGUGUGGGGGGAUGGUGAAUCUUUUGCUUUUUCUCCAUUUGAUUUGUCUGAUUCAUUCUGGCAAACAUAGAAGGACUUAGUUGAAGUCUACUGGAGAACACCACGCUCGAGCCAUUUGUGUGAAACUUUGUGUGGAAGUUUUAUACAAUGAGAGAUACAACGCUGGAACAACGAGAUCUUCAACAUGAAAAAGUUUCGGAGUGCGUUAUAAACGUUUAUAGCCUAGAAAAUGAAAUUUCGGAGGUUCUUUGAUCAACUGCUUUUCUUUAGUUCGACAUAUUUUUAACUUUCUUGGACGAAUUUUGUUUAAAUCCGCGUGGAUAUAAUAUUACUCAGUUGGAUCGUUCAAGAUGUCUUCCCGAGGUUUUUAUUCCAUUGUUGGGAGAUUUGGGAUGCUUUGCGUUUGGGCUGCCUCCUUGAUGGUCACUCAUGCAGCCACAGGGUUUCUAAACCAGUCCAUUCUGAACGAUAAUUGCAAGAAAACGACAACUUGCGAAGUCCUGAAAUACAAUUCCUGUCUUGGCACACCUUUGCCAUACACCCACACAUCUCUAAUCCUGGCUGAAGACUCAAAUACUCAAGAAGAAGCUUUGGAAAAGUUGGCCAUGUGGUCUGGUUUGCGCAACGCCCCUCGGUGUUGGGCUGUCAUUCAGCCCCUGCUUUGCGCAGUGUACAUGCCCAAAUGUGACAAUGGAAAGGUGGAGUUGCCCAGCCAGAUGUUGUGCCAGUCAACUCGCAAGCCCUGCAGCAUUGUGGAGAAGGAGAGGGGCUGGCCUAGCUUCCUAAAGUGUGACAGGACAGAGAACUACCCCAAGGGAUGCGAGAGCUCCUUACAGAAGCUCAAGUUCAACACAUCAGGGCAGUGUGAGGCUCCCCUGGUGAAAACAGACAAUCCUGCCAGCUGGUACAAAGACGUGGAGGGCUGCGGCAUCCAGUGCAACAACCCUCUCUUCACAGAGGGAGAGCACUCGGACAUGCACACCUACAUCGGCCUGUUCGGCUCAAUCACCCUUCUCUGCACCUUCUUUACGCUGGCCACAUUCCUCGCUGACUGGAAGAAUUCCAACCGCUACCCUGCUGUCAUUCUGUUCUACAUCAAUGCCUGCUUCUUCGUUGGCAGCAUUGGCUGGCUCGCUCAGUUCAUGGACGGAGCACGUGAUGAAAUUGUGUGCAAAAGUGACAAUACCAUGCGACUCGGAGAACCUUCGUCCACAGAAACACUUUCCUGUGUCAUCAUCUUUGUCAUCGUCUACUACUCCCUCAUGUCUGGGGUCAUCUGGUUCGUCAUGCUCACUUACGCCUGGCACACCUCAUUUAAAGCCCUGGGCACUACCCACCAGCCUCUGUCGGGAAAGACAUCCUACUUCCACUUGGUGACUUGGUCCAUCCCAUUCAUACUCACCGUGGCUAUACUAGCGAUAGCAGAGGUGGAUGGAGAUUCAGUCAGUGGCAUCUGUUUUGUUGGAUACAAGAACUACCGAUACCGUGCAGGGUUUGUGCUUGCACCAAUCGGCUUGGUCCUCACUGUAGGUGGCUAUUUCCUUAUUCGAGGGGUCAUGACAUUGUUUUCCAUCAAGAGCAACCAUCCUGGACUCCUCAGUGAAAAGGCUGCGAGUAAAAUCAAUGAAACUAUGCUGAGACUGGGUAUUUUUGGAUUCCUGGCUUUUGGGUUUGUUUUCAUUACAUUUGGCUGCCAUUUUUAUGACUUUUUCAAUCAAGCCGAAUGGGAAAGGAGUUUCAAAGAAUUUGUCUUAUGUGAAGCCAAUGUGACAAUAGCUCAUGAAACCAACAAGCAAAUCCCAGAGUGCAUCAUCAAGAACAGACCUAGCCUGCUGGUGGAGAAGAUCAACCUCUUCUCCAUGUUCGGCACGGGCAUCGCCAUGAGCACCUGGGUGUGGACCAAGGCCACAAUUCUCAUUUGGAAACGCACAUGGUUCAAGAUUACUGGACGGAGUGAUGAUGAGCCAAAGCGGCUGAAGAAGAGCAAAAUGAUAGCCAAGGCCUUUUCCAAACGGAAAGAGCUUAAUAAAGAACCGGAAAAGGAGCUGUCUUUUAGCAUGCACACUGUAUCGCAUGAGGGGCCAGUAGCUGGUAUUAAUUUUGACCUGAAUGAAGCAUCUAUGGAAAUGUCAUCUGCCUGGGCACAUCAAGUGAACAAGAUGGUGACCCGGAGAGGUGCUAUCCUACCACAGGACGUCACAGUCACGCCCACUGGUACACCUGUUCCCCCUCCAGAGGAAAGGAACAAGCUGUGGAUGGUGGAGGCUCAGAUCUCACCUGAGAUGAUGAAGAGGAAGAAGAAAAAGAAGAAGAGGAAGAAGGAGGUGCGACCUGCCAGGCAAGAGGAGGACGUGGCUCCCCCGACGGAGUACAGGCGUCGGGAGUUCGGCCCCAGCGCUGUGCCUCGUCUGCCGAAGCUACCCGGGCACCGGUUCCUCGUAGCCAGCUUGUGGGAGCAACAGAGGCAGCAGCGGGAGGAGGAGAACGUCCUCCCAGGCUCCUUCCCUGAGCCCAGGCCCUCCUGUCCCCUACCGUACCAGGACCGGUACAGCGGUGGUCUCGGAUACGCGCCCCCCAGCCAGCGCUACAGCCAAGGCGGCUUCAAGGUGAUCUCCAACCCGCUUCCCCUCCAGGACAGACAGCGCGAGGAGCUGAGCCUCUUCCGCUCACCUCCAUCGUGGCCUCAGAACGGAGUGUUCCGCCACGCGGGGGAGGUGGAGCCCAUAGCAGUGGGCUCGGGGAGGACAACCCAGGAGCCAAGGGCCCAGGGGAAAAGGACUGCGGUGGCUCCCAUUCAUUCCAGAACCAACCUUAUGGACGCAGAGCUCCUGGAUGCGGAUUCAGAUUUCUGAGACAUCUCAGCUUCCCCCCUCCACCCCACAGACUGUUUGCAAAAGUGCUGGAUGCUUUUAUGCUUACAGAACCCUCUUUUCAAUAGUCAUUGGAAGAGGAUAAGCACGAACCUCAAACAGUGGCAGCCUCACAUUGAAACUAAAAAGGGAAGGUGAGACAGAUGGAGCUCUUUGCCAGUGAGCUAACAGGAGUCCAAGAACAGUGUCCUCAGUCAGGAGUCUUGGAGGCAUCAGAACUACCCCCCCCCAGGGUGAUAUUUUAGUUUGAGUGACUAAAAACACAAAACUGUGCUGUCUGGAACUCAUAAAGCUGUAAUGUUUUGGUACAGAGGACCUUGGAGUUAUUUGUGAGAAAAUCAAUUCUAUCAAAGGGACCUAUCUGUAAUACAGUUGGUGGUACAAUUGUUGGAGUGAGCACCAGCAAUAUUUUGGUACUGCAAUACUGUCAGUGACGGAUGAUAUCUAUUGACGCCAGACAUUUGGAACUGACUAAUUAUUACUUUAUGUUGCCUGGUGCACACACACAAACUCUUUGCCUUGUUAUAUGUGAGGUGGUAGAAUCUACCAGUUUUGUUAUCUGUUACAACAUCAAAAAAGACAUUUUAAAGAUACUGAAAUGGCAAUGGCAUUAUGUUUUAACAAUGAUUUUACGCCAUUGGAUGGAAAGUUAUUUGUACAGUUUGUAAAGGGCAUAUUUUUGUAUUGCAGUGUAGGUUUUACAUAUUUGUUUUGUACUAUCAACUUGCAUACUUGGACAUGAAUCAUGAUCAUGAUCAGCUUGCAUGUUCUGUCUGUUGCUGAAACAUUCGCUGCGUUUUUUUUUUUUUUUAAAGAGUGUAGUUUCAUAUUGAUGUAGUCUUUUUUUCCUGUUGGCUGCAAUUGUUAUGAUUAUUACAUGUCUGCAUUCUCAUCUGUUCUAUAUAGUUAUGUUUUGAAUAACUUCACAACAUCCAAUCAAAGGCAUCAAAAGAAAAAUAUUCAGGAUAAUGUGGUAAGACAGUUCUGUAAAAUUUGCAAGGGCUGCAAAAUACUAACAAAAAGCUCACUUUCACAAUCAGUAUAUCAGAACAUAAUGCAUAAUACUGAAUUAUAUUUUAGAUGUAAAAUAUUUUUUAAGAACGGAUUUUUUUAUUUACCCUUUAAACGAAAAGUACCAUUUCUUGCCAGAUUACCAGUUGCCAGUUAUGCUAAGGACAGUGUUAGGUGCAGACUCUCAGACACCUCCUCAGUCCGAGGUAGUCUGCUGGAGUUAUAGAUCCCACACCACCAUAAAGUUAUGAGUUUAUAACAGUAAAUUCAAUGUGAUUUCAUGAACCGUGCUAAUUGCACUUGAUGCUGUGCCGUGAUGAUUGCACUUGAUUAAUGGGUUUCUAAAAUGAGAUUUGAUGGCAACCACGCAGCUGUUUUUUUUGUUAACUAUGUGUCAAUAAAGUUAAAGAGUCAACACGCUU